CAGUUCGUUGCCGCCGCCGUCGCCGCUCGCCGCUCGCCGCUCGCUCCCACCAUGGCCCAAGCUGACAUCGCGCUGAUAGGACUGGCCGUCAUGGGCCAGAACCUGAUUUUGAACAUGAACGAUCACGGCUUUGUGGUCUGUGCUUUUAACAGGACCGUCUCCAAAGUCAGGGACUUCUUGGCCAACGAGGCGAAGGGGACCAAGGUGAUCGGUGCUCAGUCCUUGGAGGAGAUGGUUUCCAAGCUGAAGAAGCCUCGGAGGGUCAUCCUCCUCGUGAAGGCCGGUCAGGCUGUGGAUGAUUUCAUCCAGAAACUGGUUCCAUUGCUGGACUCUGGUGACAUCAUCAUUGAUGGAGGGAACUCUGAGUACAGAGACACUACGAGACGGUGUAAAGACCUCAAAGCCAAGGGGCUCUUGUUUGUGGGAAGUGGAGUCAGCGGUGGAGAGGAUGGGGCCCGGCACGGCCCAUCACUCAUGCCAGGAGGGCACAAGGAAGCUUGGCCCCACAUCAAGGCCAUCUUCCAAGGCAUCGCUGCCAAAGUAGGAAGUGGAGAACCCUGCUGUGACUGGGCAAGAGAGGAGGGGUCCGGGCACUUCGUGAAGAUGGUGCACAAUGGGAUCGAGUACGGAGACAUGCAGCUCAUCUGCGAGGCGUACCAGCUGAUGCGGGACGUGCUGGGCAUGGAGCACGACGCCAUGGCCAAGGCGUUCGAGGAAUGGAACAAGACCGAGCUCGACUCCUUCCUGAUUGAGAUCACAGCCGAUAUUCUCAAGUUCCGAGACGCAGACGGCCAGCACCUCCUGCCCAAGAUCCGGGACAGUGCGGGGCAGAAGGGCACCGGGAAGUGGACGGCCAUCUCGGCCCUGGAGUACGGGGUUCCCGUCACCCUCAUCGGAGAAGCCGUCUUUGCGCGGUGUUUGUCUUCCCUGAAGGACGAGAGGGUGCAAGCCAGCAGGAAGCUGAAGGGCCCUCAGAAGCGCCCGUUUGAGGGUGACAAGAAGUCGUUUCUGGAGGACAUUCGGAAGGCCCUGUACGCUUCCAAGAUCAUCUCCUACGCCCAGGGCUUCAUGCUGCUGCGGCAGGCGGCCACCGAGUUCAAGUGGAGCCUCAACUACGGCGGCAUCGCCCUGAUGUGGAGGGGCGGCUGCAUCAUCCGCAGCGCCUUCCUAGGGAAGAUCAAGGAUGCGUUCGACCGCAACCCAGAGCUUCAGAACCUGCUGCUGGACGACUUCUUUAAGACGGCCAUGGAAGACUGCCAGGAGUCCUGGCGGCGGACAGUCAGCACUGGUGUCCAGAUGGGCAUUCCUAUGCCUUGCUUCACCACAGCUCUCUCCUUCUAUGACGGCUACAGGCAUGAGAUGCUCCCAGCCAACCUGAUCCAGGCACAGAGAGACUACUUCGGAGCCCACACAUACGAGCUCCUUGCCCGCCCGGGACAGUUCAUCCACACCAACUGGACCGGCCACGGCGGCAACGUGUCGUCCUCUUCCUACAACGCUUAGUCGGACCCGGGGCCACCCACCGGACCAGGACUGGAACAUUCCACGCUCACGCGCCCUGGCACCUGGCCUUUGCCUGGGAGUGCCCGCUGUGCAGGCCGUGCCCUCUGCCCUCUGAGUGUGGCAGGCCUGUCCCCGGGGGCUGGGAGGAGUGACCAGACUCACACGGCUGGCGGGUGGACUCUCACUGGCUGGGCCUUCGUACCGGGCAGCUGGCUUCCCUUUCCCUCUGCUCAAUAAAGGCUGCAGUGUA